CUUGACCUAUGAAAUCGACUGGGUCAGGGCCAAAUGAAAGAAAUGAAGGAAUGUCACAAAAAUAAGUGCCUGCCAGCCAAAAAUAGGUAACAAAAUAUAAUCCUCUGUAAGUGACUUCGGUGAAUCGAAGUAACGGCGAUAAAACGAGACUGUAUCACGCGAAGCACAGAAACGAGAUGACGGUACCCUGGCACUAGGAAAGCUUUGCUGAAUAAUAAAUUACUCGAAGCGAUAUAUAAACAGGACGAAAGAGAAAAUUCGAAGACGAUCGAUUUCAAGAUGUGUCAUAACGACGAAAGACAGCCCACGAACGAUAUUGUGUAUCUCUAAAAAUCGAGAGAGAGGGAGGGGGAGGAAGACGAACCAACUGAACAGUGCAGAGUUCUGCCACGGACUGAGGGAGAUUUUUGUGUGUUUUGUUUGCUAGUCCUUGAUGCUCGAACGAACGUGACAUGGUAGCUUCGAGUGUAGGUUGUGGUAAUACAACAAACUCUCAAACGCUGUUCGAUUUCACACGCCCCGGUUUGGACAACGCGCUCACUACGUGGACGGAAAAUUCCGACACUACGAAAACCACGGGAACUUCGAAGGCAGCUUUCGUUACCCAAAAAAGUCAAGUCUUUCAAAGAGCUGUGCUAUUUACGUUAUUAAACCCGAAGAAAAAUGGCGCCGAAUACGCAGCUGUCCAAUGCGAUGCGAGCUUCAAUUUGGGCGAGUUCAACAAUAUUUGCUUGAGGUGUCGGGCCCAAGGGGCUAAUGUUAAUUACAAAAUGCUGUUGAGACACAAAAAUCUCGAUAAAAAUUCGGUUGUCUACGGUCAAGUUUUCACGGCACCUAUUAAUGAAUUCGGAACGAUGAAAUUACCUUUCAAUGCAUUCAAACCGUAUCAUCGUGGUCAGGAACUCGAUAUUGAGUCGAAUCCACUAGAUACGACUUUGAUCACGAGUAUUGGUUUGAAAAUUGACAAAGGACCUUAUUUACCUGACAAUCAAGAUGGAGUCGCUGCUCUCGAAAUCGACUGGAUUAAAGCUACUAAAUAAGAGCUCAACAAUUACGUUUUUUUUUACCUAAAUAUCGAAGCUUUCGUUAAAACAGUGAAAUCUCUGGCCUGAUCGAAGAAUCGGAAAAUUCUUUUCGCCCAUCAUUUCUUUUUUUCGUCUAGUGCACUAUUAAUUAACGCGUAUUUCACUUUUCAUUUUUACGAAUUGGGCGUUAUUUUUUCACAAUAUUAUGCAAGGAAACUAAUAAAAAAGGUUCCUUUUAACAAUAUACAAGAUUUCCUCGGAACACAAAAAUUACGGAAUAAUAGAAAAAGCUCAGGAAAACCGGCGGGAGCGCCCGCUAGACGAAUAGUUUUGUACUUUUACUUUUAACCCAACUGCCUCGUCAUACUGUUUUGAUUCAAUCGGACUAUAUAUUUUUUUCAAUAUAAGAAAUGGAUUCAAGAUGCAACGUGUGGAAACUUUAUUCAAUUGAAAAAAAAUGUACAAAGAUGAAGAUACAUAAUUAUGUUCAGCAAAAUGUGUAGAAUUUAACAAAAAUAAUAAACGAGAAUGGAAAAAUAUAA